ACGAUUACAGACCAGCCCACAUCCGAGGCAUCAGCCAGGAGAAUCAUUUCCGCAUCCGGCUUCGGGAACGUGAGGCUAGCUGACUCAGCUAGAGCUCGCUUCAUCUGGUCGUACGCCUCGCGCUCUGACGAGGUAAGUGCGACUGGGAUGCCCGAAGCUGCACGCUUAUCGUGCAUAGUCAAUGAUACUGUCGCGCAUCCAGUUCCAGCAAUUCUCUCUGGGUCAUGUUUCACUCCUUCCCCAUUGAUUAUCUUACCACACCAUGUUACUUCUUGCUUGUACAGGCAGGACUUGGCGGCACUCAGCUUAAAACCGAACUUUGCCGUGAGCUCAAGCAGCUCCUGCAGUUUGUCCAGGUAG